UAAAGAAUUAAAUUAAUUUGAUUAAAUGAAUUAAAUGAAUAUUUUAAUAAUAUUACCGGGGUGUAUAUUAGUGUUAAUUAAUUUUCUUCGAAAUCAAAAUUAACAUUCGAAUAAUUAUAAAUUGAACAUGUAUUCGAUAAAAACACCAACACUUCGCAUUGACGAGUCGGAUUUAAAAUGCAAAAAUGGUUGCGAUUUUUUUGGAAAUGCUGAAUGGGAAGGAUAUUGCAGUCAGUGUCAUCGGGAACAUUUGCAAAAGCAAAGAGCCCAAAGGGAACACGUUCAACGAGUACAAAGUCGAGAAAGUGAAACUUCUAGCAGGAUAGAGAAGAAACGUCAACAAGAUAAGAAAAAAUUAAUUAAUCUUUCAGUAUUUCGUAAACCUUCAUUAAGAGCUACUGGACACGAUGAACUUCUUAGGGAUUUAUUAAAGGAUAAUCAAGAUCUCGAAAAAAUAAAAUAUGAAAAUCGCGAUCUUAUUUCUGUUAUUAAUAAAACACGUGCCGAGAGAGAUUUAAAGAAGUGCAUGAAUUUUUUUGUCAACAAAAUUCUCCAGAACAAAGACAAAAGAAUUGAAGAAUUAUCUGAAAUAACACAAAAUUUUUAUCAAGAUUUCGCUAAACAAAUGGAAAAUAAUUCUGAUUAUAAUGAAUUCUCAGCGGAAAUUAAAGAGAGACUUUUGGAUUAUAUUGAAAGGUAUACAAUGACCCUUUUGUAUAGAAUUCUAUUUUGCUCCGCCUAUACCACCGACGAGGAGAAGGAUUUAGCUAUUCAGAAUAGAAUACGGCAAUUGAAUUGGGUGAGUGGUAAAAAUUUGGAAUGUAGAAUUCAUGAAACAAGUGCUGAAGUUCGCGAAUUGGUUUAUACAUCUAUAACAGAUCUUUUAAAUAUGGAUGCAUCGAAGGCACCGCAGGAAAAAUUAGCAUGCAUUGUUCGUUGCUGUAGAAAUAUUUUUCUACUUUUGCAACAAUCCGUCGGUGGUCCCGCUUCGGCUGAUGAAUUUUUGCCAGCAUUAAUUUUUAUCGUCUUAAAAGCAAAUCCAGUUAGACUAAAGAGCAAUAUUAAUUUUAUAACGAGAUUUUGUAAUGCAAGCAGAUUAAUGACAGGCGAAGCGGGUUAUUACUUUACUAAUUUGUGCUGUGCUGUCUCAUUUAUCGAGAAUUUGACAGCCGAAUCGCUGAGUAUGACAGAGAAGGAUUUUAAUGCCUAUAUGUCAGGUGAAAGAGUUCCGGCAAAUACUUGGGAUUCAGCUUUAAUGAUAUGCGAGAAUCUACAUUUAAUGUGCGAAGACGUAACACUGUUGGACGAAUUGAAGAAAAAGAACGAGAAUAUCGUUAAUGAAGCGUAUGAAUUGCAGAAUAAUAUGAUUAAAUUUAGGGAGAGAAUAGAAGCAGAGGUUAAUUCCGUCAUUACAAAGACGCCUCUUAUAAUAACUAGGAGUCAAAAAAUUCCUACUAAUUUGGACACUGAAGAUAUUGAGAGUUAUCAAUUGCCUCCUCCCAUCGUUCCUCAGAUAUAUUCACAGUCCUCUGACACAAAAAAAGACGUAUUAAUGAUGCAAGCAGACAAUUCAACAAUGUCUCUCGAUUUUGUAACUCCAUCGCCAACAUUCGAUUUCCCGCCAUUCGCGAGUAAUUACACACUCGAUUGUGUCAAGGGAGACGAUGAGACAAGUCUCAUUAGUUUGGAUUCACAAAUUGAUAUGGUCGAUUGUCCAUUGGCUGAAAAAAGUUCCACCGACAGUUUAUUGGAUGAAAUACAAAUUGCCGAUUCAAAUUUACCAUCGCCCAUCAAGCCGACUACCUCAAUUCAUGAAGAUUAUCACGGUUUCAGUAUUCAAGGUUCAAAUAUACCAACAAUUCCGUGCAGUACUGGCGAUUUAUCGUCAAAUCCAAAUGAUCUUAAAUUAGGCAUCAAAAAAUAGCCUCCACAGUUUAAAAUACUAUAAUUAUUAUACGAGUUUUCAAAAAGUUUACAACUUUAUAAAUAUUUCAUAUAGAAAAAAAGAAUAUUGGAAAGUUUUUAGGAAAAGAAGUUGAAAUUUGGGGAAAUUUUUGAUAAUCAGAGAUUUAAAGUAACUUUGAAGAUUUAUUUUCACUAGUCAAUAAUAAUUUAUGUAUAAAGAGUAUUUUUCUAUUGUUCGUUCGUAAGAUUUUUUUUUUAAUUUAAUGUGAUUUGGAUGAUUGUGUUUUCGUUAAGUAUUGCUAGAAAAAUUUUAAAUUUUAUUGCUUGCAUUUAAUUGUUAGAAAUUUAAUAAAUAUUCUAGCUAGGAAAAA